AUGGACUGUGAAGAGGAUCCAGGAUGGAAUUUCCUUCGACAAACUCGAGAGCAAAUUAUUCAAGAUCAAUCGAUACCAUACGACUCUAAGAAGAACUGUUGGGUACCCGAUGCUGAGGAUGGGUAUAUUGGAGGAGAGAUUGCAAAGGUUGAAGGAGAACUCGUCACUCUUGUCACUUCACGGGGAAAUCAGAUCACGCUGAAAAAUGAGCUCGUCCAGGAGAUGAAUCCACCGAAAUUUGAGAAAACCGAGGACAUGUCCAACUUGACUUUCCUCAACGACGCAUCGGUGCUUCAUAACUUAAGAGCUCGUUAUGGGAGGAUGUUGAUUUAUACCUACUCUGGCCUCUUCUGUGUUGUCAUCAAUCCCUACAAGCGUCUCCCAAUCUACACCGAAUCGAUUGCCAACAUAGAUGAGAAGAUGAGAUCCAUCUUUUCACAUCUACAAGCCGCUAUUCGAUCGUAUUUGGGUCAGAUCGACGUCAAGCGCCGUGUCGCUCAGAAAGCCGGAUUGGUGAUCGUUCAGCGAAACGUGAAAUCGUGGUGCGGCUUUCGCACAUGGGAAUGGUUGAAAUUAUUCAAUCGAGUUCGUCCACUACUCACACAAACACGAAUCGCUGAAGAGAUUGAGAAAUUGAGCGGAAAGUUGGCAAAGUUGAGCACUGCUUUGAGCAAAGAACAAAAGCUGAAGUCAGAGUUGGAAUUUAUCAAUGCGAAGUUGAUUCGAGAGAAGACUGAGCUUUUUAAUUCGGUUGAAUCAAUAAGAGAAUCCAUUGAAGAAGCUGAGGAAAAAGUUGCAAAGCUGGAGAAAUUGAAGGGAAAAGCCGAUUUGGAAAUCGAUGAUUUUAGUUGUAAAUUGGAAAUGGUUGAGGAAGAGAAUGAGGUGCUGAUGAAAGAGAAACGCCGCUUUGAGAUUGAGCUCGACGAUUUGAGGAAAAGAAUUCAGCGAAUGGAGAUGGCAAUGAGAAAAGCUGAAAGUGAACGUUUGACAAAAGAUCAUCAGAUUCGCUCGUUGCAUGACGAGAUUCAACAACAAGAUGUAGCCAUUGGGAAACUGAUGAAAGAGAGGAAAAGUUUUGAGGAAACGAAUUUAAAGCUCAUUGAUGACUUGAAGAUUUUGGGUGAGAAAAGCAAUCAACAGAUUAGAAUGAGAUCGAAGCUUGAGCAGACAAUGGACGAGUUGGAAGAAGCAUUGGAAAUGGAGAAACGAGCAAGGGUGGACGGUGAGAAACAGAAGCGAAAGCUGGAAGGAGAAGUGAAAAUCUCGAAUGAGACACUUGAAGAACAGAGUCGAUUUCAUGUUGAUUUAUCGACUAGUUUGAAAAGAAAAGAACAAGAUGUGAAUUUGUUGGCUUCAAGAUUGGAAGAAGAGGAGAAUUUGGUUGCUCAAUUACAGAAACAAUGCAAAGAAGUGAUGACACGGGGGAAUGAGUUGGCUGAAGAAUUAGAAGUGGAGAGACAAACGAGGAAUCGCAUUGAGAGAGCGAAAACUGAUUUGCAGAUGGAAUUGGAGGAUUUGGGUGAAAGAUUAGAGGAACAAGGCUCGUCAACAAUUGCUCAUUCAGAGAUAAACAAGAAACGUGAAGCUGAAUUGAUUCGUUUGAGACGAGAGAUUGACGACGCUGGACAACAACAGGAGACUCAAUUAGGUGCAAUGCGAAAGAAAACAAGCGACACUGUCACCGAGUUGAGUGAACAGAUUGAACAAUUGAAUAAAGCGAUUUCAAGAAUCGAUCGUGAUCGUUUACAAUCGGUGAAAGAUCAAGAAGAAUUGCAGAUUCAGCUCGAAACAGAAAUCUCUCAGAAAGCCGCCAAUGAGAAACUUUGUCGACUUUAUGAUUCACAACUUGAAGAACUUCAUGAUAAGUUUGAAGCUCAAGAGAAAGAGAUUCUUGAUCAACAAUCAGCUAAGAAUCGUUUACAAAAUAAUGCUAAUGAUCUUCAUCGUCGAUUAGAGAAUAUUGAAGCUGAAGUUGGUCAAAUGAAUCGAGCAAAAGCUCACCUCCAAACACAAUUGAUCACAGCAAAGCAGUUAGCUGAAGACGAGAGUGGCCAAAGAGCAGCAAUGAUGAUUGAGAUGAAAACAGCAAAGAUUGAGAUGGAUCAAUUGAGAGAACAAUUGGAGGAAGAGGUUGAAGCAAGAGCUGAAGUUGGAAGACAAUUGGCGAAGGGAAAUGCUGAGAUGCAAGAAUGGAAGAUGAGAUUUGAGGGUGAGGGGAUGUUGAGGAGGGAGGAGAUCGAGGAAGUCAAGAGAAAACAACAGCAUAAGGUACUCGAGUUGAGUGAUGGCAUUGAGACGGUCAAUUGCAAGAUUCUCAUGUUAGAGAAGCAGAAAUCGAGGCUCGUCGGAGAGUUGGAUGACGCGCAGAUUGAGGUGGAUCGAGCUGCGAGUCUGGCCACUAGUCUAGAGCAAAAGCAGAAGGGACACGACAAACUCGUUGAGGAUUUAAAGAAAAGAGUUGAUGAGCUGAGAAACGAGGUGGAAACAGCACAAAGUGAGGCCAGAAAUGCAAUUGGUGAGCUUUUCCGAGCGAGAACAGCACAAGAUGAGCUACAGGAGAUCAUUGAUUGUUUAAAGCGAGAGAAAAAGAGUUUACAAGAUGAGAUUCAGGAUUUGAGCAAUCAGUUGAAUGAUGGAGGCAAACAAACGCACGAGAUACAGAAGUUGAUUCGUCGAUUGGAAUCGGAAAAGAAUGAAAUACAGCAGGGAUUGGAUUCGGCUGAGAGGGGAUUAGAGGCGGCUGAAGGGAAAGUGAUGAGUUCGCAAACGGAAAUCACCUACAUUCGUUCGGAGAUUGAGAAAAGAAUCAAGGAAAAAGAUGAAGAAUUCGAAAACACAAGAAGAAAUCAUCAAAGAGCUAUGGAAAGCGUUCAGGCGAGUAUUGAAACCGAAGUCAAAGUAAAGGGUGAUCUUUUGAAAUCAAAGAAGAAUGUGGAAGCAGAGAUAAAUGGUUUGGAGAUUCAACUCGAUCAGGCAAACAAAAUCAAUGCCGAUACGGGGAAAGCGCUGAAGAAGUGCUUAGAUCAGAUGAGAGAUUUGCAAAUGCAAUUCGAAGAAGAGCAAAGGAUGAAAGAUGAGAUUCGCGAUCAACUAUUCAACACUCAGAAAAGGUUGACCGUCUUACGAGCUGAGAACGAGGAUUUACAUGCAAGCAAUCAAGUGGUGAUCAAAGAGCGAAACGAUGCUCAAACAGAGGCCACCGAGGCACGAGAGGAGAGUAAUUUGCUUUCAACUGAUGCCCAAUCGUUGAACGCAAUGAAACGACGACUUGAAGGCGAACUUCAAGCAUUGCAAGUUGACCUUGACGAGACUCUCAACAAUUUCAAGCUAGCCGAAGAGAAAAGCCGAAAGGGAAUGGCUGAAGCGACACGAUUGGCAGAGGAGUUAAUGGCCGAACAAGAGAAAUCACGGGAAUAUGAGAGUGCAAAGCAAAGGCUCAAUGAACAGUUGAAGGAUUUCCAGACAAGACUCGAUGAGGCUGAAGGGGACUCGUUGAAAGCUGGCAAAAAGGCAAUCACACGAAUGGAGCAACGUGUGCAAGAGAUGGAGGCUGAUGUCGAGGUUGAACAGCGACGAAAUCAAGAACUUUUCCAGAAGCAAGCACGCGCCGAACGACGUGUCAGAGAGCUACAAUUCCAAAUCGAAGAGGACAAGAAAAACUAUGAGCGUUUAAAUGCGCUUGUCGAUCAACUCCAGACAAAGCUUCGUACUCAAAAGCGACAAUUGGAGGAAGCGGAAGAGUUGGCAAACACAAAUAUGCAAAAGUUUCGUCAGAUUCAAAUGCAAUUGGAAGAGGCUGAGGAUCGAGCCGAAUCCGCUGAACAAGCGCUUAUCAAGCUACGUUCAAAAACUCGAGCCGGUACCUCGGCUCCUCGUCAGCCAGCUCUCCAAACAUCAGCCACCGUAGCAGCAAUGGGUCGUCACAGAAAUCAUGAUCAU